AAUUCCCAAACUAGCCCUCUCUCGAACCAUUUUUAUAAAUUUCUGCUUAUCCUCUUUCCAUUUCUUUCUCAAAAGCCACGCAGUUCCUUUCUGUUGUUUGUUGCGAGUCGUCUCCUGUUUGUGGUUUCAGUUUCUGGCAAAAACAAAAAAAAAGUCUUUAUCAAAAUCCUUCGAUUAUCUUUCUCUAGCUUUGAUGAUCUGAUUGAUCGAAGUAGUUGAUCAAAUUGAAACAUGGAACGAAUCGUCGGUGGCAAAUACAAGCUCGGUCGUAAGAUCGGUAGUGGAUCCUUCGGUGAAAUUUAUCUCGCUACGCAUAUCGAUACUUUUGAGAUCGUCGCUGUUAAGAUCGAGAACCAUAAAACAAAGCAUCCGCAACUGCUUUACGAAGCAAAAUUGUACAAUAUUCUUCAAGGAGGAAGUGGAAUUCCAAGCAUAAAAUGGUCAGGUGUUGAUGGGGAAGAUAAUGUACUUGUUCUCGAUUUACUCGGACCGAGUCUGGAAGAUCUAUUUGUGUACUGUGGCAGGAAGUUUUCGCUGAAAACUGUCUUAAUGUUGGCUGAUCAAAUGAUUACAAGAAUUGAAUAUGUUCACUCUAAGGGAUUUCUUCAUAGAGAUAUAAAGCCUGAUAACUUCCUCAUGGGACUUGGUCGGAAAGCAAAUCAGGUUUACAUAAUUGAUUUUGGUCUUGCGAAAAGAUACCGAGACUCCACAACUAAUCGCCAUAUUCCCUACAGAGAAAACAAGAAUUUAACGGGGACAGCUCGUUAUGCAAGUUGCAAUACUCAUCUUGGACUAGAGCAAAGUCGGCGGGAUGAUUUGGAGUCACUUGGCUAUGUGCUUUUAUAUUUUCUCAGAGGAAGCCUUCCUUGGCAAGGUCUGAAAGCUGCCACAAAAAAGCAGAAAUAUGAUAAAAUUUGUGAGAAAAAGUUGUCUACUCCUAUUGAGGUUAUGUGCAAGUCUCAUCCCGUGGAGUUUGCGUCAUAUUUUCAUUACUGCCAUUCGUUGACAUUUGAUCAACGUCCUGAUUAUGGAUUCUUGAAGCGUCUGUUCCGUGAUUUAUUUGCUCGUGAAGGUAAUGAGUUUGACUACAUAUUUGAUUGGACAAUCAUCAAGUACCAGCAGGCCCAGAAAAUUAGAUCUCAGCCCCGAUUCUCACCAGUUCCUGGUGGUAGCAGUAGUCACCAUUUAUCAGCGGAUGUGGAUAAACAUCAAGGAGGCUUCAAUGCUACUUAUUCAACUGAUGUCACAGAGCACAUUAGAUCAAGCAAUGUUACAGGUCCAGGUGUUCGCCUGCAAUUUAAGUCAACAACAGGAAAGAACUUGGUUUCUGAUAGUACUGUUGAUAAAAAUAUUUUUUACCCUCAUACACCCUCAUCCUCGUUUGCACCUGCUGGAUCCUAUAAAAGAAAUGGUCAGAAAUCAAUGUUGCCCACUGAAGCUAUCAAUUCUGGCCAUGAAAAUGGAAAUAAAAUCAGACCUUCCAGUAGUUGGAUUUAAUCAUUGCAGCGUAUUUCAUCUGCCAAAUGAUGAAAACGGAUGCAUUUCUGCCCUCAGUACUGUUGGAAUGGUGGAAUAGGGAAAUUACGGUUCAGGGAUGCAUUUUAAGACUAUAAAACAUAUAUCUCUGUGCAUGCUAACCACGGCAGAUCUAUUAAGGGUGGCUAAAUGCUGAAUAUUGAACACUGAAGAAACUAUUUAUGGUUGAUAUGUUUGCUUUUGAGUUCUCAAUUCUGCAAGUAUCAACAGUGUAUGUGCAGUAAAAUUGAGUUGUACCUUGAUUUCAACUUGAUUUUGUGGAAUUGGUUAGUCUAUUACAGGGAACACAUCUUAGACUGGAAUGUUGACAGGACAGUAUGCCACCAAUAUAUAACUACCAAGCUUGUCUUAUUACGUAAAUACUGGGAUAAUUAGGGAAGAUAGAAAGUGGGCUACUAUUUGCAUUUGCUGUAGCUUCUUGGGUUCUUGAGAUCUGAAGAGCUUUAUGUGGCUAGGCUGAACUAUGGGAGCAUUUUAUAUCUGGUUUGAAGUUUGAACCAGGUGGGGGGAUAAAACAUUCCCAUUCCCCAAUUGUUUUGGUUUGUUGACACUUGUAUUAGUCAGGUCUCAAGAUUUUGUGCAUCUGAAACCAGAUGACUAUAGCAUUGCUUCAAGCUCCUUCAGGUAUGUACAGCUGCUGAUAAUCCACUUCUGAUAAAUAUUCUGUCUGAGAAAGUGUCGCAAUUUAUGCCAUUGGUGGAGUUUUGGGGAACCUUAAGUUGGAUGAUCAGAAACAUUGUUCAUUACCCUGAAAAGGGGGGCUCCUUUAGGGUACAUUUUUGGUCUUCCUUGAAGAGGAAAGAGGAGUGAGCGGAGGACCUGAAAAGAUCUGGAAGGCAAGUUUGAAGGCAGUUAGUCCAGUGUUUUGGUAUGAGAAGAGCGUUAUGGGAUCAUAGACUGAAACCUCUCUCUAUUUCAAAAGUUUUGUUUUGUAAUACAAGCUCAACGGCCAUCAAACGUCGUUGCGUUUAUUAUUGCAGUCUUUCAGUGUGGGCUUUUCCUUUGUUCUUUGUGGGACUUCUCUACUUCUGGACGUUUCCAAGUUCAGCCUGGGUGUAGUAAGGAAUUGUUCCGAGUAUUUAUGUGUAAAUAUUGUAGAUAGGGUUUUUAAUUAUGUUAAUCCCUCUAUGAAAUUUGUUUAUUGUAAUUUAUUCCUUUUCUUUAUUUGCAUAUAAUAUUAUUUUUAAAGAUGUGUAUGCGUAUCAUUUUGUGUGGUUUUGAAAUCAGCUUCCCGUGUUUAAAGGAAUUUUUCAUGUAUAAUUUUUUUUAUUAUAAUUGUACAAUUAUUCAACGUCAAAAAACAAUUAUUUAAGAAUUCAUCAUUUAUACUUUUAAGUUCAUAAUCGUUACGGGAUCUGUUCUGCGCUGCAGUCAUUGACAAAAAUGCGUGAUCCUUCUCUAGCCUUGGUCGCAUUCCUGAUCACUACCUUCUAAGUAUAGUAUGCUCAUUUUUUAGCAAGUCUUUUCAACAAUUAAUUAUUCUUGCACCAUAUCUAAACAAUAGGUGUCAUCAUCUUUUGAAUUAAGUUUGAGGUCCGAUUUUAAGCGAACAAAUCGAGAAGGAUCUAUGUUGAUAUGGCAUUUAA